AUGAAUGACCUCGAAGAAGCCGAAUUUAUGCUCUUCCUAACCAAGGAGAACAGAACCAUGGCCUGGCCCUCUCUUGAAGCAAAAGAAGAAUUCGAUUACAAGAAUAAAUUGUUUGCUGAGGCGCAUAGGCUGCAGAACCGCAUACGAAUCGAGCCUGAGCAGCUGGCAAGGCAACGCCUCAGAAUGGCAAAAAUAAGGGCAAGGAGGCAAAGAAGACAAAAUUCCAAGAAGGAAUAA